AUGGCAAACCGAGAUCAGCAAAUCGAGUUAUGGUUAUUGGAGGAAGAUGAGGACAUUUUAGAGGGUACUCCAUGUUCUGAUGACGAAGAGUCGGAUCACCUAGAAGUCCAGGGCGAAAAUACGGACUCAGAAGAAGAUGGUGACCAUGAUUUAGGUGAAUUUGAGUUGAACCAAACAUUUGCUAGUUCCGCAAGCCCCGCACACUUAUUCACGGUUGAGGACGAGGUACCACUAUCAAAUUUAUUUUACCAAGGUGUUGACAAUACUAGAUGGCUGAAAGAACAAGUUCGUUCUCGACGUUUGAUGCGCCAACACAACAUCGUACAUGUACAAUCAGGUCCUCGAGAAAUAGCGAAAACGAAGGCUACUUCUCUAGAUUGUUUGUCUCUCUUUCUUGAUGAUGAAAUUGUAGCUAUGAUAACGGAUUCCACAAAUAAACGUAUACUAAUUGAGCAAAAUAAAUAUUCAAGGGAUAGAGAUGCGAAAAUAACUGAUGAGUUAGAAAUAAAAGGCCUAUUGGGCAUUUUAUAUCUCUGUGGGAGUGUAAAAUCUGGAAGGGAAAAUAUCUUGCAGUUGUUUGACGCUAAGAAAGGGACCGGGCUGGAAGCUGUUUAUCUUACAAUAAAUGUACAAAGGUUCAAGUUUUUGAUGAGAAACCUUCGUUUCGAUGAUCCUACAACGAGAGCGCAAAGGAUAAUGGUUGACAAAGAUGGCGUGAUUUUGUUUGUCGUGUGUUGUCGUGUGGCUGCAUCGCUUAAGGUCAAACCGCACUAUAGCGGCGAGGCGCGGCGCGGCGCGGCGCGGCAGAGUUGGGUCCGAGAGAAUAUUUUGUCGCGUCACGCCGCGCCGCUGCCGCUAGUGCGACAUCCAAAAACACACCAAGAUCUUCUUAAAAAGGUAUCAUGUAGUGUACUGAACGAAGAUUGCAUGUCCAGCGGUUGUGAUGUAUGCAAAGAAUCCAACUUUUGGAAUAUCACCCUCGAUUCUAAUCCCACUAUUAAUUGGAAGGCCUGGAUCUUUCAGAAUCAAAGACCAAAACAGAUUGUAAUUAGCAAACCCUUUAAUGAAGCGCUAGAAGAACUACACGACAGCACUGCUAAAUUCAAGUUACAUUCUUUUGUUAAAAAUGUUCAGUCCGAUUAUUUUCAAAACGCAAAACAAGACCUGACCAAUGCGAAGGCUAUUGUACAAAUAGACUUUGCCCAGAAAUAUGCUCUGAUCAGUCAAGACGAAAUACAAUCAGCACAUUGGUCUCAUGAACAAGUCACACUUUUCACGUGCUGUAUUUGGAUUACUGAGAAAAUCCAUUCAGUGGUCAUAAUAAGUGAUGAAUUAAGCCACAGUAAAUAUACUGUGCAUCUCCUUCUUAAGAAAAUAUUUGAGUACAUCAAGUCGAUCUCUGAUAGCAUUACAUCUGUGUGUAUCUUCAGUGAUAAUUGCGCCGCUCAAUUCAAGAACCGGUAUGGGAUGGCAAGCAUGAAUACUGUUAAAGCAGAAUAUGGAUUUACUCACCUCAAAUGGAACUUUUUCGUUGCCUCACAUGGUAAAGGUGCCGUUGAUGGAAUCAGUGGAAGUGUCAAAAGAUUGGUAUGGAUUUCUGUCAAGUCCCGGAGAGCCAUCGUAAACAGUGCCCGAGAAUUCUAUGAUUUUGCACGCAGUCUCUCCAAAAACAUCUUCUUUUUAUUCGUAGCAAAAGAAGAAGUUACAGAAAGGAUGGCCAUGAUGGCAUCCAGAGGUCUAGGAGACGAGCAAAUAGAGGAGUUCCUCUUUGAUUAUGCAGAAAGUGAAGACGGAUUCGAUAGUGAUGACGACAGCAUUACAGAUCCUGAUUUUGUUCCGGAUUUGGAGGUGCCAAUGGACACCGAUGAUUUUGAAGAGGUUGAUGGAGUGAAUAUUGACACCAUCAUUGAAAAUAUUGAGAAUUCAAGUAGUACUUCUCAACCGCCAACUCCUUCUGAAACCUUUCCUCAUCCAGGAUCAUCAUCUAGACCUGGAUCAUCAGGACGCAGUCAAUCCAAGCAAAAAUUGAAUUUACGUUGGAAAAAAAGAACCUCCAGCUAA